AUGCCCGCUCCUGAACAAGUCAACUAUCUGUGGCGACUCGAGACCUACGCUGCACUGCGUCUGAUCAAGGUAUCCGAGUCUGACCCUGGCACUUGGGUGCAUGAAGACGAAAAGAUCGCGGAAUAUGUGGCCAAAGGCAUCAACUUUGUUGAUAUUACCGAUAUGAGCGUGGCAAUUUCGGCGAGCAGCCAAAAGACAUUCCUCAGGACCAUGACCGAUUUCUACAACCGCUAUUACAGGUCGACCUACGGCACUGAGGCCUCGAACUGGCUGUAUAAUCAAGUGAUAUCCGCUUCCGAAGCCAACCCGGCCAUCAGCGUCACCAGGUUCUCCCAUUCUUUCAAUCAGCCGUCAGUAAUUGCGAAGAUCCCGGGGUCUUCAUCCGACGCUCUUGUCAUUGUGGGAGCCCAUCUAGACUCCACCGGCGGUAGCAGCUCCGCCAGAGGGCCUGGAGCGGAUGAUAACGGAUCUGGAGUGGCCGUCAUAUUUGAGGCUUUGAGGAUUCUGGCAGAGGCGGGCUUCCAACCCCGAGACACGCUGGAGUUCCACUUCUACGCAGGCGAAGAGGGUGGCCUGCUGGGCAGUAAGGAUAUAUUCAAAUCUUACAAGUCCGCCGGCAAGCAGGUCUUGGCGAUGGUGAAUCAGGACAUGGCAGGCUACAGCCCAAGUGGUGUCAUCAGUAUCUACACCGACUAUGUGGAUCCCGGCCUGACCGCAUACGUGAGGAGGGUGGCAGAGCAGUAUACCGGGCUCAAGACGUCGGCUGAUGCUUGCGGGUAUGGCUGCUCGGAUCACCACUCGGCUUACUCUAACGGGUUUCCUUCUGCAUACGUGUGUGACGAGGUCAUGUCAACUUCUAGUCCUUUUAUUCACUCGGCUUCAGAUUCGUACGACACGAUAAUGUGGGAUGCAAUUGCGCGUCACACCAAGUUCACUGUUGGUUUCCUCGUCGAGGCCUCGUAUCUUUAG